CGUACACUCGACACUCGACUCCCCCUCACGCACACACACGCACCAUCACUCAUCCGAUCGCAUUCCGUCGCGAUCACAUUCCCUUCGCACACUCACAAGCGAAAGAGACCAUGAAAGGCGCGCCUUCCAUCUCUUCUCUGCGGAGCACCCUGCUCAACUCAUCCUCCACCAACCCGCUAGACGCGCGUUUUCGCGCUCUAUUCACUCUCAAAGGUCUCGCCUGCUCCUCCUCCAUCUCCACCUCCGACAAGAGCUCCAUCCUGGAAGCUAUCGGUGCAGCAUUCUCCGACGAUAGUGCGCUGCUCAAGCACGAAGUGGCGUAUGUGCUGGGUCAGAUUCAAGAUGAGCAGGCCAUCGCCGUGCUGAUCAGCGUGCUGCAGCAGCAGGAGGAACAUGCCAUGGUCAGACACGAAGCGGCAGAAGCGCUUGGCGCCAUCGGACAUCCCAAAGCUUUGCCUGUUCUCAGGACUUAUCUGCAAGACGGAGAUGUGAGCGUGAGGGAGACGUGCGAUUUGGCUAUUCGCAAGAUCGAGUGGGAUCAGUCGGUGGAGGGGAGGGAAGAUGCGAAGAAGAGGGCCAAGGAGGGCAAGACUGCAUCUUUCGCGCCCAUCGACCCCGCUCCCGCCCUGUCCUCCUCCCAGUCCCUCUCAGCAACAAUCUCCGCUUCCCGCGCCGUCUUGACCGACUCUCAAGCUCAGCUUUUUCAACGCUACAGGGCCAUGUUCGCCCUGCGAGACGCUGUGCACGCAUCGAGAAAGGAAGCGGAUGAAAAGGGUCUUUCGAGAGAGGAGAGAGCCACGCACGAGGAGCUUGCAAAGAAGGCAAUCUUGGCGCUGGCUGAUGGAUUGGAGGAUCAGAGCGCCUUGUUCAGACACGAAAUCUGCUUCGUCUUUGGCGAAUUGGCUCACCCAGCAAGCGUGCCCAGCAUGCUUCGCGUGCUCUCCGAUACCUCGGAGCACGAAAUGGUGCGACACGAAGCUGCAGAGGCGUUGGGCGCUGUGGCCGAAGAUGCAUCGGAAGAGGGAGAGGGAGGAGAUGAUGAGGAGGAGGGAGAAGCUGCUGCUGCUGCUGGGAAGUGUUUGAAGAGCGUGCUUGGCGAAUUGCGUAGAUGGGCAGAGGAUGAGGAGGCGCCUAGAGUGGUCAGGGAGAGCUGUGUGGUCGCGCUGGAUGAGCUCAAGUAUAACAACGAUCCGACUCAAUUUCAACGGGUGGAGGCAUAAGAGAGCGUGCCGACGAGCCACAUGCCUGCCCCUCCGUCAUCUGCCGUUCCCGUCGUAUAGAUUGCGUCACGUCACUCCGCUACUCGCCCUCAUGAGCGCGCUCUGCUUCCUUUGCCCUCGUCACCCAACCGCAGUCCCGCUCGCAGCUAUCAAAGGCAGGAAAUCAUAUUUUUCGAUCUUGCGCUCUACUGUGCGCGCCCCACGGCAGACAUCUAUGAUUGCGGUCUCGCUGUCGAGUGGUGGUGCAGCUACGCAAGUUCAGAUCUCCUUUUCCUUCUUGGCAGCAUCAUCGCCAGCACUAGCAGCGGCCUUUUCUGCCCACCCCCAAUUGGCCUUUUGGUUGACAUCCCCCCUCUCUUGUUCCGAGAGCGUUCUGAGCACUUUUGCCGGGCUUCCCAGUGCGAUGGACCAAUCGGGAAUGGAUUUGGUCACUGUGCUUCCUGCGCCUAUGGUGCAGCCUCGGCCGAUGGUGACGCCCGCCAUGAUCGUC